UAUAUAUGCCGAUUGAUUGAUAUCACGUACGUACGUAUAUGCAGAGGGCGUCACUCUACACGACACACAUGGGGGAGGGUCUGCUGCCCCCGCUUCAUUGCACAAACAAACGUGGUCACGCAAACCAACCAACCACCAACCGCAUGGGAAGAGUCAACAAGGAGAGCGAACAAACGCAAAGCAAAGCCGGCCACAACACAACACAAUACAACAAAUGGCACAGCAUGAAACGGCACAGCAUGGCCAUCCGUCGCCUCCCUCCCUCCCUCUCCCCACCACCUAUCGCCUUGCAGGCGACCUGUUUGUCCGGUAGAAGAGUGGGCUGCGUUGGCCGCCCAGGUACGGCAGCCCCACCUCUCCCGGACCCGGGAAUGGCCGCGGACCCGGCGAUCUGUCGCGGAUGACGGGCCGUCUGUAGUAGGGGUACCCCCGCGCAGCGCUCCGGAUCCGCUCGGCUUGCGACGCCGGUGAAACGGUCACCGUCGGCGAGGAGGCUGUGGCUGCCGGCAACGGCAAGGAGGCGGCGAGAGCCGUGACCGACGGAGGGGACCCCGAGCUGGGCGAACUGCACAAAAGACACAUGGAGCAGGGAGGGAUGGCGGCCGUGUACGUGUCAGGUGUUGUGGGUGCGGUGCCCCAGCCAGCGCACCUGAAAGUUUGUGAUGGCGGCUCGUAUAUGGUGGGGCACUCUGUGGCCUUGGGCGUGUUCUUCUUGGAGGGCGGGGAGCGGCCGCCAGCCUUGCGGGGCGACUUGCCAUCCUCGCCCCGGAUCUGGUGAAUGAAUGAAUGAGUGAAUGACACAAGCGCAUAUGCGUGGGGUGUGCGUGUGUGUACCUGGUGCUCGAGCUCCUGCAGUGACUCUUGCCGCAGGUUGUGGGGCCAGUGGAUCGGGUGAGAACGAGAUUGCCUGACAAGCGCACAGACAGACAGACAGACCGACAGACAGACACGUUGAUUUCUCAAAUGUGCGACCCCUGGCUGCCUUCCUCACGAGCACCUCUUGACGAGCUCGGGUUUCUCGGGCAGGUUGCAGUGCUGGUAGAAGAGAACAUACGCCUUGGGCGUCACCACCUGACUCUCAGACACCUCACGGACGUCCUCGUCGUCAUAUCGGUACCACCUGCACACAAAACAGGGAGGGUGUGCAUGCGUCUCUCUGUGUGCCCUCGCCGCGCCUCACUCACUUGUCCCGGAACUGGUGCUUGCAGACGGAAGUGUAGUGGCCGAAAUUCAGUGUCGCACCUGCGAUGCGAUGCCACAAACAACGAGCAGCCAGACAGACAGACAGACAUGCAUGCCAUCUGGGUGCGCCUGACCUCUCUCUCUCUCUCUCUCUCUCUCUCCCCCUUACCGCUGUGAUUGACAACGCCGUAGAGCUGGUAGAGGGGCUGGCCCUUCUGCUCCGACUUGACGAACUUGGCGAAGUUGACCGUUGUGGGGAAGUCGACUAGCUGCUGCAGCUUGGACGACCGGCGGCCUGCGAAGCGGAAACGUUUGAGGUGGAGGAUCAGGAUGAGCGGCAGCUUCCAGAUGUCGAUCUUCUUGGUCGCCUCCCGGAACGCCUUGCAGUGGGGGCAGUACCAGCACUCAUCGCCCGUCAACGACUCCUCCGCACGAAACGCUGAUCGAUCGACGAUAGAUAAAUCAGUGAGGAAAGAAACAGAGAACGGGGCAGAUGCAGAAAGGUGUGCGCGUGUGUGGAUGGAUGGAUGGAUUGAUGGACGUACCUUCGAUAGCCUCGUCGAUGGAGUGGACGGCGUUGCCGUCGCCGUCCUCGAGCGGGAGGCUCAAAAACAUGAAGGGGUCGUACCGGAUGUUGAAGUCGUGACACGUGUUGCACUGCACCACCGAACGCAGCUGGCCCUGCAAGAUGUCCACCAAAUACGACUUGUUCCUGCACACAAACAAACCACCAAUCGAUCAGACAGACGGCAAUGUCGCCAGCAGAUUCUGUCCAGACUCCCCCCUCGUCCACCCACCCACCCACCCACCUAGGUACCUACCUGCGCAGGUGUCUGGACCACGCCUCAGCCGCCAGUUUCUCCUCUCGCUUCCCUUCAGAGAGGGUCUUGCGAGUGACGUCGGGCUCCUCCACGUAUGGCUUCUUGAUCACGCGGUUCAAGUCCUCGUGGAGGCCAUCCAACAUCGUCACUAACAACUCCUGCGCCAGAAUAGCCACACACAGAGGAAAGAGAGGGAGAGGGAGAGAGAGAGGGACAGAGGUAGGGAGAGAGGUGGGCCAGGGCAGCUGGUGCGUCAGGCCAGUGUGCGGUGCGUGCAGAUGAGAUGGCCCCCCUCACCCCACCUGUGCAUCUUGCUGCUCAUAUCCGCGGAAGAGGUCGUUGACGCCGCCCAGCACCUUCUUGAUAUUCUUGGGCGGCACCUCACGCACCCCGGACGUCAGCCACAGCUGACGCAUCAAGCUCGAGUACUCGUGCGUCAGCUUCCCACCCGUCCCCAUCACAUUCACUGACACACACCAGACACGCAACAGACAAAGAAAAGACAAAAUGCUUGCAUUGGCUCACUUGCUGCACUGCAUCACAUCAUCGAUCGCAUCAUCUCAUCUCGCGUGUACGUACGUACGUACGUACGUACGUACCUGUGUUGAUUUCCUUCUCGUAUGCAAAUUUGUCGGCAUCUGGUUCCAGAGCCAGGAAGUAGUCGGUGAGGAUGGCCGUGUUGGACAUGCACUGCAGCGCCGAGUUCAUGUAGCACGUGUUGCCCAGGUUUGUCAAGCCCACCAAACCCGCAUUUGCUGGCCUAUUGGACCAAUCCAACCAACGAUACAAAACAAACAAUGUUGCAAUGCAGUGCAGGCCAGGCCAGGCACUCACACACAGAGUGAAUGCUGUUCGGCCUCCCUCCCUGCCUCUUUCAUCCAUGUGUAUGGCGUCCGCCCACCUCGUCACUUGGCGAUACACCUUCACCGGCGAGUCUGCGCCGUCGUAGUGUCUGCCGAUGAUGCGACGCUGUCGAUCGGGCGAUGGCGACUGACUCGACGGCAGGCGGUGGGAGGACGUGUGACCCACGCGAGCCGGGGGGUCGACCACAGGCGUGGCUCUGAACGACACAACAGACGAAGGGGCGCAAUCCGAUGCUUUGGGUGCAUGGCUCCUGCGUGGCCCUCACCGUGUGUCCAGCUCCAUCUCGUCAUCCACGUUGUCCAUCGACCCAUUCUCAUCGCUAUUGAUUCUCCGGUGCAGCGUGGGCAGCAUCGGCAGGCCCUGAAACAGAGAUGAGAGGACGUCAGGGCAUGUUCAAUGGAGCCUCUCUUUUUCUUGCUACCGUCAACACAGGACAACAGGAGCCCUCAACUCAAUGAUUUGCCUUGCGGAGAGAGG